GAUUUCCUUUCUGCUCUGUUUCAGCUCUGUUUCAAAUAACAAUAGUCAGUCACGUUGUUGAUAGAUCUGUCACAACAAAAAGAACGAAUUAUUUUUACACUAUUUAAUUGAUUAUAAUUCGUAAUAUAAUGAAGCCUACGCUUGUAGCAGAUGAAAUGUUUCCAGAAGGUGCCGGGUCUUACAUCGAAUUAGAAGAGGUGGGUGGCAGUCGAUUAUUAGUUGAUUUGACUGCAAGUGAAAAAGCAGUGCACUCAGACUUCUUCAAUGAUUUCGAUGACCUGUACGAUGAUGAGGAUACUGAAAUAUGGUAAUUACGUGUUAUAUACUACUAACAUUUAAAUAUGUUUCUUAAUAUAAAAGUAAAAUUGCAUAAAGAGUCACAGAUAUUUUGUAAA